AAUUCGUGUUGUUGAGUUUCUACAAUAUACGAACAACAUUAUGUGUGUGAUUUACUACCGUUUUUUUAUGUCUAAGAAGCAGAGCAUUGCAAGUAGCUUUUUAGUCAACUACCAUUGUAGUUGUUAAAUAAAUUAAAGAAGUGAGAAACUAGAUAAGUAUCAGAAUUAUAAUGGAUGAUUAUUGCCACGAGACCCUGAUCAAAAUAGAGGAAGAAAAUGAGGAUACGAAUAAACAAUUUACCGGAGCCUUGGUGAUAAAAACAAAACCGAAUAACAUUGAAAACUCAUACAAGAGUUGUUCGACGACCUACAACAAUCCUCAAAAUAAUAUUGAUGGAAUUAGAUAUAGUGGGGGAAAACCGUACAACAAAACGACGGUCAACGUCGAAGUGGACCUAGUGAAUGGGCAUUAUUUCCAGUCAACGAUUGAAGUUGAAAAAAAUGAUCUCUUAAAUGUGCAAACAACAAACGACGAUUUAGACAAGAUACAGUCAUUUAUCUGCGAUAUAUGCCAAAAGUCAUUUUCUACAAGAAAGAGAGUUGCCCGGCACAUUACACAUUCACACAGUGCACACUUAUCAACCCAGAAAAGCACAAAAAAACAAUUCGUCAAAAACACUUUUAUUGGUGUCAAUCGUAUGAGAAAUGUAGACCAUAAAAAUCCUGCUGGUUGUUAUUUCGAAUCUGGGAUUGAAACAGAUAACAAUAAACAAACAGUACCGAAUAGUAGCAAUGAAGAUAUAACAAAACGGUCAUUAUUCCAGUGUAAUUUAUGUCAAAUGUCUUAUAACACUAAAAAGCAAAUAUCUUUACAUAUCACGAAAUCCCACAAAAGUUCGACUCACAAACACUCUCCCCGAAAAUCAAACAAUAAUGUCAAUAAGUUUACUGAGGGAUACACAAACAUCAGCCAACCCUACAAAUGUGCGGUGUGCUUAAAAUCGUUAUCUAGCAAAUCUACUCUCACAAUACACCAACGCCUGCACACUAAUGAAAAGCCCUACUACUGUGGCGUAUGCUCAAAAUCGUUUUCUAUAAAAGACCAUUUUGAACAACACAAACGUGGACACACUGGUGAGAGGCCUUAUAAAUGUAUUGUAUGCUCAAAGUCAUUUCCUGGUAAAUCCUACCUCAAAGUACACGAACGCGUGCACACUGGUGAAAAACCUUAUAAAUGUAAUCUGUGUUUAAAGUCAUUUUCUGUAAGAUGCGCUCUUACAGUACACAUACGCGUGCACACUGGGGAAAAGCCCUACGAGUGUGACGUGUGUUCAAAAUUAUUUACUCAAAAAGGCCACUUUGAAGAACACAAACGUGUGCACACUGGAGAGAAACCCUACAAAUGUAUUGUGUGUUUAAUGUCAUUUUCUAAAUUCUCCUCUCUUUCAGCGCACAAACUCGUGCACACUGGAGAAAGGCCAUACAAAUGCCAUGUGUGCCAAAAUUCAUUUUUUCGAAAAGCUCACCUAACAACACACGAACGCCAGCAUACUGGGGUAAAGCCCUAUAAAUGUGACAUGUGUCUUAAGUCGUUUGCUAAUAAAUAUUACCUCACACUACACAUACGCGUGCAUACUGGCGAAAAACCUUAUAAAUGCAUUGUGUGCUCAAAGUCGUUUACUCAAAAAGCCCACCUUAAAACACACGAACGUUUGCACACUGGAGAAAAGCCCUACAAAUGCGAUGUGUGUCUAAAAAAUUUUUCUAAUACAUCCGGACUCGCACAACACAAACGCGUGCACACAGGUGAAAAACCCUACAAAUGCGACGUGUGUUCAAAAUCAUGUUCCCAACCACAUGACCUCGCAAGACACAAACGAUUGCACACUGGAGAAAAACCCCACAAAUGUAACGUGUGCCUUAAGUCAUUUACUGUAAAAUCCUCUCUUACACUACACAAACGCGUGCACACUGGAGAAAAGCCUUACCAAUGUAACUUGUGCCUAAAAUCAUUCUCUGCAUCAUCUAGCCUCAAAAAACACAAAUGUCAAAAAAAUAAGCUUGAGAAUUUCAAUCAGUAGUUUUAAUAAAACCUAAACAAUUAUUCUUUAAAUGUAACAUAAAUUCGACUUUACCCUGUAGACUAGUUUUUA